GUCAAGGGAAAGCGAGCCCCUGCAGCCAGAGAGAGAGGGCUGACCCGCCACUAAUUCCUCUCCUCCUGCCAUGUACCAAGAUGCAGUUGGAGGAGGGGGCGGAGGCGUGGUGGAGGAGGGGGAGGCAGCCGAGUACCACAUCAUGUACAGCCACUAUGACCCCCUGCCAACCCCCACCCCCCAGGACACCACCACCACUGCCCUCAAGCUGGGGCAGGCUGGCGCCAAGGACAGACCCCUGGCCAGCGUUACCCUGGCCGGGGGCACGGCGCUGGUGCCGGGCGCUGAACUGGUGGACGUCCCUGCCCUCUCUGCCUCCCCCCCAUGUGGGGCGGGAGGGGGCGGGGCGCUGGCCGUCACCACCGAGGGGUUGGGGGUGGCAGGGCAGCGGCACCACUCCCCUGUGGCGGUUGGGGGCAUGGAGGCAGCGGCAGCAGCACUUGUCACCUCCAUGGUGGCCCCAGGGGAGUGUGAGGGUGGUGGCAGUGGUGGCAGGAAGGUGAUCGUCAAGCUGUUCAACAGCAACACCUUCAGCCUGGACAUCAUCACCGACAGCGACGGGGAGGCGGCCAUGGCCCCCCACCACGUGCUGACCAGGGGCAGCGCACUAGUGCACGCCAAACUGUCUAGCGGCACCAUCUUCCCCGCCGAGGACCAGGCAGGGGACGGGGAGGAGGGGGGGCUGGUGGUCCCCCCAGCACAUGCCCCUGCCCAGGUGGCACAAGAGGAGGAGGCGGAGGCAGCAGCCCUGCCCUGCCGGGUGAUGUGGACCUGUGCAUACUGUAGUGUGAUGCUGGCCACCUCAGAGGCCAUGGCAGCCCACCAGCAGGUGUGUGCCAAGGCCCUGGGGGACCUGCCACCGCUGCACACUGGCACCUCCCAGACCACCGUGGACGCACUCAUGUCCCCAUUGCGGCCACAGGAGGAGCCAGCCUACCACCUCAAGCUGGAGGGCGCCGCCGAAAGCCACGAGGUCACCACCACCACUGCCAGUGAGGAGGGCGGCAUGGCGGAGGUGGUGGCGGUGUGGGUGUGUGCCGUGUGUGAGGAGGAGUUUCCUGACCCUGGUGCUCUGGGCCACCACCUGCCCUCACACUCUGUCCACCAGCUGGCUGCCGCGCUGCUGCAGUUGGCCACGCCCCACCAGAGGGUCAGGCCAGCAGUGGCGGCCACUGCCCCGGACACCGCCACCACCACCACCCCCUCCACCACCACCACCACCACAGCCACCAGUACCACCCCUGCGUCCCCAGACCCCCUGGCCAUUGUGGCUGUGGACAGCCCCACCUGGCCCAGUGGCCAUCCGGACAUCAAGAUGGAGGAGGAAAACGUGGACAACCCUGGAGACACCCCCCCCCAGACACCCCCCCAGGACAAGCCCCUGGCCAGGCGGGCACGGCGGCGCCCUGGGCCCAGGCCCCAGGACAGGCUGGAGCGGAAGAGGAAGUACACAAGGAGGAAGAAGGAGGAAGAGGAGGAGGUUGUGGCGGAGGAGAACGAGGCAGAGAGUCAGGGCAAGGAGUACAGGAGCAUCACCACCACCUCCAUCAUCACCCCCAUAGCCACCACCUCCACCACCACCACCACAGGCCAGGGAGCUCCAGCUGGCCCCAGCAGCAGCAGCAGCAGCUCGGGGGGGCGAGGGAGCAGGGACCCCCACCACUGUGAGGUGUGCAACAAGAAGCUCUCCUCACGUGGCAACCUGGCCAAGCACCUCAUCCGCCACCGCACCAAGAAGCCCUUCGAGUGCAGCCUCUGCCACGCCUCCUUCAACGCCAAGCGGGACUGUCGCAACCACUACCUGCAGCACCACACCACCGAGCGCCCCAACCGUUGCCACAUCUGCGGGAAAAGCUACGUGGACAAGAGCUACCUCCUCGCGCACAUGGUCUUCCACCGCGACCAGAAGGCAUACACAUGCGAGCUGUGCGGCAAGAAGUUCAACACGUCACGCUGCGUCACCCGGCACAAGAAGCGGCACCAGGAGGAGAAGCGCUUCGUGUGCGACAUCUGCUUCAGGCCGUUCGCUGUCAAGGGUGACCUGACCUCACACAAGCGUAAAGUCCACAGCAAACAGACCCAGGGAGCAGGAACAGCCAGAACGCAACCACAACCACAACAACAGCUGCUACCCAAUCCACAGCAAACACAGCCACACCUUUCACUCACAGCCCAGCAGCCACCACCACAGACAGACACACACACACCACACACCACACAAGGCAAGGUCAAGGAGCUCACAGACUUCAUCCUCCCAGAAGUGGUCGCCUCUCCACACAUCCUCCCUGACCAACUCCUGCCCUCGGACCUCUCAGGGGGGGCCGUGGGUACCCUCUGGCUGUGA